CUUACCCCACACGGUCUCUUUCUUUGACUUAAAAUAAACAUGGCCAUCCGAGCCCUCAACCAGAACUUCCCUCCCUGGGGCUUUGCCGCCAACGCAGAAGGACCGGGCCCAACUCACCCAUUCUCAUCUCCUUAUCCCAACCCAUGGAACUUCCCACCGGGCCCGACCCAAGUCGGUCAAUACAGCCACCCCUACCCAUCACCCUGGGCAGCACAGGACCGUGACGGGGACGAAACCAACGAGGCCAGUGGUCCACGCAGGCCAUACCCCUACCCCGGGCCGGCCAAGGGACAUCCCCCAUACACCUUUCCCGGCGCACCUGAGGGCCGAAAGCCAUACCCGUUCCCCGGCCCUCUCGCAUGGCACCAGCCACACGCCUACCCACGCCCGGCGGAAAGUCGAAAACCCUACCCUUCGCCCUGGGGGGACGACGGUGAGAAGCCGAAGCCUAAGCCCAAGCCCAAGCCGUUCCCGCGCAAGCCGUACCCCUACCCGGGACCCGCCGAGGGCCACAAGCCGUACCCGUAUUCGGGCCCCAUUCCCUGGCGACAGCCCUACCCGUCCCCAUGGGGGGACGACGACGAGAACGACGAGGACGAUGACGAUGACAACGACUGCAAGCCCGCGUUCCCGCGCCAGCCGUACCAGUUUCCAGGUGUGCAACCACACCGUGCAGGCGGAUUUCCUUAUCAGCAGACGCCAGACACGUUCCCCGGGUUUCCGCAGGGUGGACCCGGUCAGCGAGGAUGGGGAGCGAACGGGCACAGUGCACGGGGCGGCUUCGACGCACCCCACCACCCCUGGACCUUCCCCUACCCCAACCAGCCACUCUACACGUUCCCCGGGGUCAAAUCAGAUAACUACCAGCCAGACGUGGACGUGUUUGACACCCCCGAGGCAUUCGUGAUCCACGUGCCUCUGCCGGGCGCGAAGAAGGAAGAUAUCGAGGUCAGCUGGGAUCCCAAGGCUGUGCAGCUUUGUAUCUCGGGGACGAUCGAUCGGCCGGGUGCGGAGGAGCUACUGAAGACGAUUGCGCUGGAUGAGCGGCGGGUGGGCGCGUUUGAGCGCCAGGUGCGGCUGGGGAGCCUGGGCGGUGCGCCGAAGGUGGAGGGCGAGGCCAUCUCGGCGAAGUUGGAGGAUGGGGUGCUCGUGGUAGAGUUGCCAAAGACGGAACCGGAUGAUGUUGAGGUGAAGAAAGUGAUGAUUGAGUGA